AAUAAAAAGGGCAUUAAAUAAAAAUGAGAGAAGUCAUUUAUUCUAUGUUUGGCGCGUAUAUUAACCACCACCGGCAAAACACCCACAAAAAAGGCGAGCACGCAUAAAGAAAGAUCAAAAACUUCUUCCCCCAUCCCCUCUUCCAAAAUCCAACCCCCUCCCCGUCAAAAAAAAAAAAAUCAAAAAAAUUAUACUCCUUUCGAUUUUUUAGAUUGACAAAAAAAAAAGGUUUCAGCUUUGAAGCAAAGAGAGAUCAAGCGACGACUGAGAGUGGUGGUGUUGAGACAGAACCAACCAACCAACCACGAUCUGUGGUUUUUUUUAUUUCUCACAUCUCAUCUGUUCCCGACACUCCCAUUUGAUCGGAGAGCUCGACAUUGGUGGGUUCUGUUUCGUCGGUUAAAACAAAAAAAAAUGGAGCGGUACGGUGGCGCCGGCGAAGAAGAGCCGCGUUCGGAUCCAUCACUUGAAUGGUCCGCUCCUGGAAACGAAACCGGCAUCGAAGCUUCGAUGUGGCGGUUAGGGUUGCAAGGCGGUGGUGGUGAUGAUUCGUUGCCGGAGCGACCUGAUGAACCAGAUUGUAUCUAUUUUAUACGAACCGGUGGUUGCGGAUACGGGUCUAGAUGUCGGUUCAAUCACCCACCAGACCGUGCUCCGGUCUUGGGGGGAGGUCUCAGAACAGAAGCUGCUGGUCAGUUCCCAGAGAGAAUGGGACAGCCCGUGUGUCAGCAUUUUAUGCGAACGGGAACAUGUAAAUUUGGUGCUUCUUGCAAAUAUCACCAUCCUAGACAAGGUGGAGGAGGAGGAGGACGAGGAGAUUCUGUUAUUCCUAUCUCACUAAAUUACAUGGGAUUCCCAUUACGCCCGGGGGAGAAAGAAUGCUCCUAUUUCAUGAGAACCGGUCAGUGUAAAUUCGGUUCCACCUGUCGUUUUCACCAUCCUGUCCCUCCUGGUGUACACGCUCCAUCCGCUGGGCCAACUAUGUAUCCAUCUCUUCAGUCUCAAUCCGUUGUUCCUUCAUCGCAGCAAUACGGAGUAGUUCUAGCAAGGCCUCAGCUUUUACCAGGCUCAUAUGUUCCGAGCCCUUACGGUUACGGUCAAAUGGUUCUACCACCCGGUAUGGUCCCAUACUCUGGCUGGAACCCUUACCAGGCUUCUGUAAGUGCAAUACCUUCGCCGGGGACUCAGCCGUCAAUGGGAACCAGCUCUGUUUAUGGAAUUAGACCGUUAUCUCCUUCAGCGCCUGCAUAUCAAUCCGGUCCAUCUUCUACCGGUAUUUCAAAUAAAGAACAAACUUUUCCUCAGCGGCCUGAACAACCCGAGUGUCAAUACUUUAUGAGAACCGGAGAUUGUAAAUUCGGAUCCUCUUGCAGAUUCCAUCAUCCUAUGGAAGCAGCAUCGCCAAAGGACAUUACCCUCAGUCACAUUGGCCUCCCUCUUCGUCCUGGAGCAGCACAAUGCACUCACUUUGCUGAACACGGGGUUUGCAAGUUUGGUCCUGCAUGCAAAUUUGACCACUCCAUCAGAUCUUCUUCACUAAGCUACAACCCAUCCGCUUCUUCGCUCACCGACAUGCCCGUUGCGCCUCACCCUCUGGGGUCCUCCUCGCUCGGUACACUAGCUCCAACAUCAUCAUCAUCCUCGUCUGAGCAACGCACGAAGCUUCUCUCUUCCAGCUCUAUUAAACCUAUAACCACAAGAGCUGGUGGCACAGGAACUGUGCCCUCUUCAACUACCAGCGGUGUGAGCCAUCCCGAGCCUGCUGAGACCAAUAAAGAUAACUCAGCUAGCAUUGAGGCUAAGACUUCAGGUUAAAAAGACAGACAGAAAUCAAAAGGAGAGAAGAGAAUCUCACUCUAAUCUUCUUAGAUAAUGAUCUGAUCUCUCUUAUUCUCUCUAUCACUCUUCUUCCUUCCAUCAAACUUUCAUAUGAAUUCAGGAACAUAAAAAAAAAGGAUAUUUUUUUGGGUGGGGAGACGACAACAGGAAGCAAAGCAGAGAGAGAUAAGACGAAAGAGGCUCUUUCUAGUCUUCUAUGUGUUAUUAUGUCUCUUCUCUUAGGUCUCUCUUACCAUGUUCAUAGUAUUCCUUCAUACGGCCAUCUCCUCUCUGUCUGUUGUCUCUGUUACGUUGUUAUUUCUUUUUCUUUUUGGAAACUAUAUUUUAUAAUAAAUGGCCUUUAUUAUACUAUUCACAAAAAUUCUC